GGCGGUUAGAGCCACAGUAUGUUGACAUUUAACUCGGUGAAUUAAGGGUCUAUGUUGACCAAGAGUUGUGUUUUGUUACCCGUCGAGUUUGAAUGAAGUGUGUUUGACAACGAGAUAUCAAGGGGAUGAAGCUGGUCUUAGUUCGGUGGAAGGGAGACACUUGAAUUCAGCGGGUGUGUUUUUCAGCUUAAUAAGGAAAAUAGGUGUAGGACUAUUCCCUUUCUUUCGUGCACAUGUCAUCCUAUCAGCUGUGGCCUGUGUGUGUGUGUGUGUGUGUGGCUCAGAGGCUCAGACCUGCAGCUCUGAUAUCUACAUCCAUGACACAGACAGAGAGCCGAGGAGAGAGAAACAAAACACAGGAUAGCCGAGGAAGAGAGAGAGAAAGAGAGGAGGGAGAUAAAACAAGAUGAGGGAGGCCAUAACUGAGGGAUUAUCCCAAGAGGCAACCGGAAACAUCCCAACUGAUGAUGCAGAAACAGACAGCAGCAGAAGAUGGAGAGACAGACAGACAGACAGAUAGUCGAGAGACAGACAGAAAGCAGCAGAUGAUGAGAGACAGACAGACAGAUGGUCGAGACAGACAGAAAAACAGCAGUAGAUGAUGGAGAGACAGACAGAUGAAUGAGAGACAGACAGAGAGUCUCUCUUUUUCUCUCUGUGUGUGUGUGUGUGUGUGUGUGAAUACACAUUUUGCAGAUUGCUGUUUUUCCAAUAAAUGAUUCAUCUUCAAUAGCUUACUAUUACUAUUACUAGCAACUACUUAUAUAUAUUUAACAUCACACUUUAUAAUUCAUCUGGAAAGUAAACAACAGUUUUUCAGGUACACAUUUAAAUUUUUCAAUGAUUAAGACAUGUACUUUGACCAGAGUGGAUAAAAAACCCAUCAAAAUGGAGCUUGUUUAUCAAAAAUAAGCCACCAAUGUCCUCAAGUCCUAGAAACGCCAAGAAGUGUGAGGAGAUCAAAGGGGAGGAAAUCGAGAAGUGUGAGAAGAUCAAAGAUGGAGGGCAAACAUUUGCCUGGUUUUGGGGAGCGGGUGCCUCAUCCCCCCGGCAAACCUCCAGAGCCCAAGCCUCCAACUCUAAGUCAUAGAUACAAACUCCCUCCAAUCAAGAAAUGUUUCGUAAAAGAACAGCCAGGCUUCUACUCAGGCGUCAUCACCACAUUCAAGUUCCAGCCUCCAACAGUGGGACCUGGGGUCCAGCAGAGGUCACAGGGUCAAUCCGACCCUCAGUCAAGUGCGAGCAAUUCACAGAGAGAGACAACCCUCAAGUCGGACCAGUGCGAGCGUGUUGAAGAGGAUUAUCACGGACCUGUCUCACACAUAUCACAGAACUCUUACUUCCGCAGGGGGGGAAAUACUCCCAAGGUGCAGAUAGCCUACCAAACCAUUCCUGGCAAGAUACCCCGCAAGUUACAGAUAGAGAGACGUCGAAGGGAAUACUUGAAGUUAGACUUUGAAAAGCUCCUCGAAGAAAAAGGAAUCGAUUCUAAUCUUAUAAUACCAAGAAAUCCAAACAGCAGUGAUGAGCAUGUGAUCACACCGUGCAGCCCGUUGUCACCCUAUCUUCCACUGGAGAUCUUUGACAACGAGGAGUAUGACUGCCGGACUCCAGACGACUGGCUUGCCCUGGGCAAUGUUGAAGGAUCACCUGAUCAAAAACCUUUACCCGCAAAAGCACUGCUGCCUACAGAUGACGCAGUUCCUUUUAAGGACACCAAAACCUCCUGGCAGGAGCACAGCUGGCAGUUUGUGGGGGUUCUUGACUACAAUAGAAAGAAAAGGCAGUACCUGGUGCAGAAGUUUCAUGAAAACGGCGAACUGACAGAAGAAAGCAAAAUAGACACUAAGUACUUGGUACCCAGGAUCAGACUGUUAUUCAGUGCUGAGGACCCACGUAUCUUUAUUGAACGGAUUCAGUUUGCCCUACGCUUGAGGGAAAAGACAGAGGCUCUGCUCCUCUACCACUUGUCUGUGGAUUGCAUGCCCACCUGGAGCGGAACGCCAUCCCUUGAUACCCCCAGUCUCCAGCGUAUGAAAAAACAUGCUCUUUCAACGCCUGGACUAAGGCUAAAGAAGUUGGAGAGGUGUGUAGGCGACCUGGAGAAAGAGAUCGAACUGGACUAUCAACGUGUUAUGAACCGCAUGAGCUUCGACAUGGUUGUGAUAAGCCACUCAGAGUUCUCACACAUCACCAUGCCAAAGAAGGACCCUGAGCAUGUACCACAAAAAGGGUGCAUUUCAGUUCCUCAGUUUGCCUAUGAGAAGAUCAGAGCGGAAUUUGUCUUCCGUUCCCUGCUGACACAGCCAGAGGUCAUCUGUGCGUUAUCUGAAAUAUGGUCUGAAUGCAACAAAGUAGCGACAAUGAAGCUGUUCAAUGUCACCUCGGUCAAACCACUGCGCCUGGAAGAGUUUGAAGUCCUCCAGUCUCAAAUGCACACUCAGAUAAGCCUGUAUCUUCACGAGUCAUGGAGGGUCACGCUGACCAACAGCAUCCGCUCCAACCUGGGGAGCAUCGGCCAGGGCGCAUACAACAUAAAUGAGUCUCUCUGGGAGAUGUACAAAUUGUCCAAGCUCUACAGACUGAUGGCGGUGGUGCGCUUCAGUAUGCAGGACUCCCUGCGCUACCUCGUGCAGGAUUCGCUGGUCAGCCUGACUCACCUUCUGAUGGACGCCUGCCAAAGUGUGCUGACCUGUCCUCAGGAUCUGGUCUGGGGAAACGACCUCAUCAGUAGCCCGUACAAGCCAAAAAAGAACCCUCUGUUCUUGGUGGACUUGGUUCUGGACCAGACUGAGGUUCAUUACAGCACGCCGGUGGAGAAAUUUGCGACAUCUGUUGUUAAUCUGUUUGAUAAGGGCAUUCUGGCCACGUACAACGUUUCAGAGCUUGAUAAGUUUGUGAUGCAGAAGUUGUUCAUUGGUGACGAUCCGUUGCUCGUGUCGGUGACUUUGUGGGAAACAAAAGUGACUGAGCUAAGAGAGAAGAUCCGCAAUGCUCUGAUAAAAGCAGCCAUACCUCUCGUGGCUUAUGCUGCUGAAUAUGAGGAACAUUUAGAGCUGUACAACUUGGACAUGGAAACAUUUCUCAAUGGUCAGGCGUCUGCGGAGCAGACAUCUCAAGAAGUGAAGAAAGAGGUGGAACAACAUCUCAAAGAAAAGGAAAGGAUUGAACGCUCCUUGCCAUCCUCCAUCAUGAUUGGUCCAUUUAAUGUCCGUGUAGAGGCUGUACGCCAGGCGCUCUGUAACAAAAGAAAGGCUUUAGCCAAUGCAAUGUUGCAACGCCUUACUCUGAAGCUACGCAAGAAGAUCGAUGAUGCGUGUGAAGAGUGUAACAUUAUGAGCAGAAAGUUACGUGAGAACCCCGACACCAUUGAAGAGCUGGCUGAAAAGAGGGACUGGAUGAAACAAAUCCCGGGACAGCUCAAGAGUUACAAGGAAAUUAUCAGCAAGAUCCUAUCCGACUAUGAGCUAACAGAAGAACUUUGCUACUGUCUUCCGGAUGAGGAUGCAAAUAAAAAGUGGACAGCGAUCGGAUGGCCUCAAAAGAUAAUCAGCCAGAUUGAAGCAACAGCCGUCCAGCAUGUGGAGGAUGAGGAGCGCUUCCGCAAGAUCCAGCUAGUUAAUCAGAACAGCUUCGAGGAAACCCUGGACUCUCUACAGAUGCUGGUUGCUGGGUUUGCGAGCCAUGCAGACAUUAAUCAUGCCCAUGAGGUGGCCAACGAGGUGAGGCGUACAAACAAGCAGCUCAAGGAGUGUCAGAAUUUGGCCCAGACCUACAACACCAGAGAACGUCUGUUUGGUGCUCCUGUCACGAACUAUGAUCAUCUACAAAAGAUGGUUAAGGACUUCCAGCCUUUUAAAGACUUAUGGACCACCACCUCUGACUGGCUACAUUGGCAUGAGUGCUGGCUCAAUGACCCGCUGUCGUUCAUCGACCCUGAGCAGCUUGAGCGUAACGUCACAGAUGCCCUCAAGACCAUGCACAAGUGUAUUAAGCAGUUCAAGGACAUUCCUGACUGCCAGAUGGUGGCAACUGCGAUCCGCAGCAGGAUAGAGGAGUUCCACCCCUACAUCCCUCUGAUUCAGGGCCUCAGGAACCCGGGGAUGAAGAGUCGCCAUUGGGAGUUGCUUUCUGAACGCAUUCAGAUGAAAGUCAAGCCCAAAGCCAACCUGACCUUCUCCCGCUGCCUGGAGCUCGGCCUGCAGAACCAUGUGGACGACAUAGCUCAUGUGGCUGAAGUGGCUGGGAAAGAGUACACCAUUGAGCAGGCCCUGGUGAAGAUGGAACAAGAGUGGGCGCCAAUACUGUUUGAUGUGCUGCCUUACAAGGAUACAGGCACCUACAUCCUCAAGAGCCCAGAUGAAGCAUCCCAGUUGCUAGACGACCACAUUGUCAUGACGCAGAGCAUGUCCUUCUCUCCCUUUAAGAAAUUCUUUGAGGGCCGCAUCAACACCUGGGAGAGCAAGCUCAGAAUGACUCAAGAUGUGCUGGAGGAGUGGCUGACUUGUCAGCGGUCCUGGCUCUACCUGGAGCCCAUCUUCAGCUCUGAUGACAUCACCCAGCAGCUGCCUGUGGAAGGAAAACGAUACCAACAAAUGGAUCAAACAUGGAAAAGAAUCAUGCUAUCCGCCUUCAAUAAUCCAAAAGUGAUUGAGCUGUGUCCUGAUGCGCGCCUGCUAGACAAACUGCAGCAGUGCAACACACUUUUGGAACAGGUGCAGAAGGGUCUCAGUGAGUACUUGGAGACUAAACGAAGCUCCUUCCCCAGGUUUUACUUCCUGUCAGAUGAUGAGCUCCUGGAAAUUCUUUCCCAAACCAAAGAUCCCACUGCUGUUCAACCACAUCUGCGCAAAUGCUUUGAGAACAUUGCAAAGCUUAAAUUUCAGUCAGAUCUAAAGAUCACACAUAUGUACUCCGGAGAAGGGGAAGAGGUGGAGCUGUUCCUUCCAGUUUGGCCGACCGGAAAUGUGGAAAACUGGCUGAAGCAUGUGGAGUUGUCUAUGAAGGCCACGUUGAGAGAUAGCAUCGAACGCUCACUCAAAGUCUACCCUGAGCAACCUCGGGGAGAGUGGGUGUUGUCGUGGCCGGGUCAAGUGGUGAUAGCUGGCUGUCAAGUCUUCUGGACUAUGGAGGUGUCUGAGGCUUUGGAGCAGGGAGACAUGGCCAACCGCCUUUACCCUCAACUACAAAGACAGCUGGGGGACCUGGUGCAUCUGGUGAGAGGGGGUCUCUCUAAUAUGCAGCGAGCUGUGCUCUCUGCCCUCAUUGUCAUAGAGGUCCAUGCUAAGGAUGUAGCAGCCAAGCUGGUGGAGCAGAAGGUCUCAAGCAUCAAUGACUUUGAGUGGAUCAGCCAGCUCAGGUACUACUGGGCAAAAGAUGACUUGUACAUCCGAGCUGUGAAUGCAGAGUUCUUAUAUGGAUAUGAGUACCUUGGUAACUCUGGACGCCUGGUCAUCACCCCUCUCACAGACAGAUGCUACCUGACCCUGACAGGUGCCCUGCACCUGAAGUUUGGAGGAGCUCCCGCAGGUCCAGCAGGGACAGGAAAAACAGAAACCACUAAAGACCUGGGAAAGGCUCUGGCCAUACAGACGGUGGUUUUUAAUUGCUCUGAUCAGCUGGACUUCAUUGCCAUGGGCAAGUUCCUCAAAGGACUGGCCAGCUCUGGUGCCUGGGCAUGCUUUGACGAAUUUAAUCGUAUUGAUGUGGAGGUGUUGUCAGUGGUGGCACAGCAGAUCACUACGAUACAAAAGGCCCAACAGCAAAGGGCGGAGCGGUUUGAGUUUGAGGGGUCAGAGAUCCCUCUUGUCCCUUCUUGUGCUGUAUUCAUCACUAUGAAUCCUGGAUACGCCGGUCGCACAGAGCUGCCCGACAAUCUCAAGGCCCUGUUUCGCCCUGUGGCCAUGAUGGUCCCUGACUAUGCCAUGAUAGCUGAGAUCUCCUUGUACUCGUUUGGCUUCAGUGACGCCAAAGUCCUCUCCAAGAAGAUCACUGCCACGUUCAAGCUCUCCUCUGAACAGCUCAGCGCUCAGGAUCAUUAUGACUUUGGUAUGAGAGCUGUGAAGACUGUGAUUUCUGCUGCUGGAAACCUCAAGAGAGAAAAUCUUGACAUGGAUGAGGAGUUGAUCUGCCUGCGGGCCAUUGGAGACGUCAAUAUACCAAAGUUCUUACAGGACGACCUGAAGCUCUUCAACGGUAUUGUGUCCGACCUUUUCCCCAACACGAAACAGCAGCCAAUCAACUAUGGCAUACUUGAAGAAUCCCUGCGCAGUGUAUGCAACAAGAAGCACCUCAAAGAUGUGGAUGGGUAUAUCAGUAAGUGUAUUCAGCUGUAUGAGACCACUGUGGUGAGACACGGCCUGAUGUUGGUGGGACCCUCUGGAUCUGGUAAAACCAAAUGUUAUGAAAUACUGGGUGACGCAUUGACAGCUUUGAAGGGCCAGCCCUCUGUGAGUGGUGGGAUGUACGAGCAAGUUCACAUGUUUGUCCUCAACCCAAAAUCUAUCACCAUGGGACAGCUCUAUGGGGAGUAUGACUUGCUCACCCAUGAGUGGACAGAUGGUAUCCUAUCAUCUCUUAUACGUGGAGGGGCAUCAUCUAUGGACACAGAGAAAAAGUGGUACAUGUUUGAUGGGCCAGUGGAUGCCGUGUGGAUUGAGAACAUGAACACUGUGCUGGAUGACAACAAAAAACUGUGCCUCAGCUCAGGAGAAAUCAUUAAGCUCUCAGAUGUGAUGACCAUGAUGUUUGAGGUGCAGGACUUGGCCGUGGCGUCCCCGGCCACGGUGUCUCGCUGUGGCAUGGUCUAUCUGGAGCCCAGCAUUUUGGGCCUCGUCUCUUUUACAGAGUGCUGGCUGAAGCAGGUCCCUGAAGCCUUGAAACCAUACACGGAACAGCUCAGCUCCCUUUUUACCAGAUUCCUGGAGGACUCCAUCACAUUUGUCCGCACGUCAGUAAAGGAGGUCAUCACUUCCUUAGACAGUAACCUUGCCUGUAGUCUACUGAAACUAAUGGACUGCUUCUUCCAUCCCUUUGACACUAAAGAGGAUGAAAAGCCACGACCUCAAAAGAAACUGGACCGUCUGAAGGAGCUGAUCGAGCCCUGGUUCUUUUUUUCUCUGGUGUGGAGUGUAGGAGCCACAGGAGAUGCGGCCAGCUGCCAGCGCUUCAGUGCCUGGUUCAAGAAGAAAAUGGCAGUGGAGAAGAUUCAGUUAUGUUUUCCAGAGGAGGGCCAAGUCUAUGACUACAGGCUGGAUGAUGCAGGGAUUAGUGCCUUGGAGGAGGAUGAACAAGAGGAGGAAAGAAAAGUCGAGUGGGUCAGCUGGAUGAAAUACACAAAGAAAGUAGACAUCACCCCAGAGACAAACUAUUCUGAUAUCAUCGUUCCCACGGUCGACACUGUGAGAAUGUCUUUCCUGAUGGAUAUGCUUCUAACCAAUAAGAAACCUGUGCUCUGUAUUGGACCAACUGGCACAGGAAAGACUCUGACCAUGUCCGACAAGCUGCUGAACAACAUGCCGGCGGAAUUCAUCACACACUUCCUGGUGUUCUCUGCUCGCACCUCAGCCAACCAGACUCAGGACUACAUCGACAGUAAACUAGACAAAAGGCGCAAGGGUGUGUUUGGGCCUCCUGUAGGGAAAUACUUUAUCUUCUUCAUUGACGAUCUAAACAUGCCAAUGUUGGAAACCUAUGGUGCCCAGCCUCCUAUUGAACUUCUGCGGCAAUGGAUCGACCACGGAGGGUGGUAUGACAGGAAGCAGAUAGGUACUUUCAAGCACUUGGUGGACAUCAAUUUUGCCUGUGCCAUGGGACCUCCAGGUGGAGGCCGCAAUCCCAUCACCCAGCGCUUCACUCGCCACUUCAACUUCCUGUCCUUCACUGAAAUGGACCAUGGCAGCAAGAAGAGGAUUUUCUCCACCAUCCUAGGCAACUGGAUGGAACCCGUGCCAGAAAUCCAGCCGCUGAAUGAGUCUCUCGUAGACGCCACUAUCCGAGUCUACUCUACCAUUACUUCCCAGCUUCUCCCAACGCCAUCCAAGUCCCAUUACACCUUCAACCUUAGAGACCUGUCCAAGGUCUUCCAGGGUAUCCUCAUGGCUGAGGCUGGCAUGAUAGAGGACAAGACGCAGCUGCUGAAGCUGUGGUACCACGAGAGCUGCCGGAUUUUCCAGGACCGCCUGGUGUGUGCUGAGGACAGGGACUGGUUCAACCAGCUGCUGAAGGAUUGCAUUCAGGAGUUUGACUGCUGCUUUGAGGAGGUGGUGUCUUGCCAACCCGUUGUGUACGGAGAUUUCAUGAUUCCUGGAGCUGACAAAAGAGUCUAUACGCACAUAGAAGAUAAGGACAAGUUGGCAAAAGUCAUGGAGGAAUACAUGGAUGACUACAACCAGAUCAGCACCACUAAGAUGAAGUUGGUGCUCUUCAUGGAUGCCAUCGAGCAUGUGUGCCGCAUCAGCCGCAUCCUGCGCCAGCCCCUGGGCAACGCCCUGCUGCUUGGAGUGGGUGGCAGUGGGCGCCAGUCACUCACUAAGCUCGCAUCUCAUAUGUCAGAGUACGAGUGUUUCCAGAUUGAGCUUGCGAAGAACUACGGUCAAACAGAGUGGAGGGAAGAUAUUAAAGGUAUCAUGCUAAAAGCUGGUCUUCAGAACCAGCAGAUCACUUUUCUCUUCGUAGACACACAGAUUAAGAGUGAGUCCUUCCUGGAAGAUAUCAACAAUAUUUUGAACUCUGGAGACGUUCCCAACCUGUAUGCGUCAGACGAGCAGGAGCGCAUCCUGAUGACAAUGAAGCCCGUGGUGCUCGACCUGGGACAGCAGCCAACUAAACCCAACCUCAUGGCUGCCUACAUAAGGAGGGUCCGCAGCAACAUCCACACUGUGCUCUGCAUGAGUCCCAUCGGCGAGGUGUUUCGCGCACGGCUGAGGCAGUUUCCCUCAUUGGUGACAUGCUGCACCAUAGACUGGUUCAGCGCGUGGCCAGAGGAGGCUCUGGAGGCUGUGGCCAAAUCUUUUCUCAAUGAUCUACCUGAGCUUGAAGCCACCCCCACAGCCAUGAGGGGACUGACAUUGAUGUGUGUGAAGAUCCACCAGAUGGUUGCCAAGAAGUGUGAACAGUACCUUGCUGAGCUUUCACGCUACAACUAUGUCACACCCAAGAGCUACCUCGAGCUGCUGAAAAUCUUCUCAACUCUCACUGGACGCACGAAGCAGGAACUGUGUGUCGCUCGUCACCGCAUGAAGACUGGUCUGGACAAGCUCCUUAGCACAGCAGAGGAUGUGAGUAAAAUGCAAGAUGACCUGGGGACAAUGAGACCUCUUUUGGAGGAGGCUACUAGGGAAACUGAAGUCACCAUGGAGACCAUCAAAGUAGACACAGUGGUUGCAGAGGAGACACGGAAGUCGGUGCAGGAAGAGGAAGCAAAAGCUUCAGAGAAAGCCUGUUUCGCAGGGGCCAUAGCAGCAGACGCCCAGCGAGAUUUAGAUGAGGCGUUGCCGGCUCUGGAUGCUGCCCUCACCAGCCUCAAGUCGCUCAAUAAGAAUGAUGUCACUGAGGUACGUGGAAUGCAGCGACCACCCCCGGGGGUGAAGCUGGUUAUUGAAGCGGUGUGUAUUAUGAAAGGCAUCAAACCCAAAAAGGUACCCGGAGAGAAGCCUGGCACCAAAAUCGACGACUACUGGGAACCUGGAAAAGGUCUGUUACAGGACCCUGGCAAGUUUCUGGACGGCCUGUAUAAGUAUGAUAAGGAAAACAUCCCAGAUAAUGUGAUCACUUUAGUCCAGCCCUACAUCGAUAACGAGGAAUUCCAGCCAGCCUCCAUUGCCAAGGUGUCCAGGGCCUGUACUUCCAUUUGCCAGUGGGUGCGAGCCAUGCAUAUAUAUCACUUUGUGGCCAAGAAUGUGGAACCAAAAAGGCAAGCUCUCAAGGGGGCCCAGGAUGACUUAGCGGAAACCCAGCUCAUCCUGGAUGAUGCCAAAGGAAAAUUGGCAGAGGUGGAGGGUGGCAUUGCCACUUUACAGGCCAAGUACCAGGACUGUUUGGCUAAGAAAGACGAGCUGGACAACAAGUAUCAACUGUGUGAGGCCCGUCUUGUCCGGGCAGACAAGCUCAUAGGCGGACUGGCAGAUGAAAAAGUGCGCUGGAAGGAAACAGUUCAACAUCUGGAUUACAUGGUGGACAAUGUAGCAGGCGACGUGCUUCUAUCUGCAGGAUACAUAGCAUACCUGGGACCCUUCACUGGGGAAUACAGGGCAGCCAUGGCAGAUGAAUGGCUGCAUUCUUUCAAAGAACUAGAAGUUCCACACACUGAGGCACCAAACCUGAUCAGCACCCUGGGGGAUCCAGUCAAAAUCCGCUCCUGGCAGAUAUCAGGUUUACCGAAGGACAACCUUUCAGUUGAGAAUGGUGUGAUUGUCCAGUACUCUCUGCGCUGGGCUCUGUUCAUUGAUCCUCAGGGACAAGCCAACACGUGGAUCAAAAACAAGGAGCGGGAAAAUGGGUUAGAGGUUUUGAAGCUCAGUGAUCAAGAUUUCCUACGCAGUCUUGAAAACACCAUUCGCUUCGGUAAGCCCUGCCUUUUGGAGAAUAUAGGCGAGGAGCUGGAUCCUGCUCUCGAGCCUGUCUUGUUACAACAGACAUACAAGCAUCAAGGUGGCACAGUGCUGAAAUUGGGUGAUACCAUCAUCCCCUACCAUGACGACUUCAAGAUGUACAUCACCACCAAGCUGCCAAACCCACACUACUCCCCUGAGGUCUCUACCAAAGUCACCCUCAUCAACUUCACCCUGUCACCCAGCGGUCUGGAGGACCAGUUGCUGGGCCAGGUGGUAGCUGAGGAGCGUCCAGACCUGGAGGAUGCCAAGAACCAGCUGAUCAUUAGCAACGCCAAGAUGAAACAGGAGCUGAAAGAAAUUGAGGAUGAGAUCCUGUUCCGGCUCAGCUCCACAGAGGGAAACCCCGUGGACAAUGAGGAGCUCAUCCAAGUGUUAGGGGCUUCCAAAAUCAAAGCAGGAGAAAUCAAGGCCAAAGUGAUGGUGGCAGAGAAGACAGAGAAGGACAUUGACGCCACCCGUCUGGAGUACGUGCCGGUGGCUGUGCGCACGCAGAUCCUCUUCUUCUGCGUAUCCGACCUGUCCAAUGUUGACCCGAUGUACCAGUACUCUCUGGAGUGGUUCCUUCGCAUCUUCUUGUCGAGCAUUGCCAACUCUGAGAGAGCAGACUCCGUGAAGGCGAGAAUCAUCAACAUCAAUGACUUCUUCACGUUCAGCCUGUACAGCAAUGUGUGCCGCAGUUUGUUUGAGAAGCACAAACUCAUGUUCGCCUUCCUCGUGUGCACUCGCAUCAUGAUGAACAAGAACAAAAUUGACAUGGGUGAGUGGCGCUACCUACUAUCUGGGGGGAUGCCUGUCCAGGAGAUGUCCAACCCCGCAGUGAGCUGGCUGUCGGAGCGCGCCUGGCAGGACAUCCUGAGCCUCAGUGCUCUGGACAACUUCAGCAAACUGGCAGGGAGCUUCACCAAACAUCUGCAGGGCUUCAAGAAGAUUUUUGACAGCAUUCAGCCUCACAGAGAGGCGCUGCCCGAGGAGUGGGACACAGGGCUGGACUCAUUCCAGAAGCUCUUGAUCCUGCGCUGUCUGAGGUCUGACUGCCUCAUUCAAGGCCUGCAGGACUUUGUCUCAGCUCAGUUGGGACAGCGCUUCAUAGAGCCUCAGACGUCAGACCUGUCCUUGGUCUUCCCGGAUUCGUCCCCCUCUACUCCCCUCAUCUUCGUCCUCUCCCCUGGCACUGAUCCCGCCGCCGACCUCUACAAAUUUGCUGACUUCAUGCAGUUCUCCAAGAAAUUGAAUGCCAUCUCUCUGGGCCAGGGCCAGGGCCCCUGGGCUGAGAUUUUGAUGCGUGCUGCCAUGGAAAGAGGUCAGUGGGUCUUUUUCCAGAACUGUCACCUGGCACCCAGCUGGAUGCCUUCACUGGAGAGACUCGUCGAAAACAUCGACCCAGCAAAGGUGCACAAGGACUUCCGUGUUUGGCUCACAAGUCUCCCCAGCAACAAGUUCCCAGUGUCCAUUCUCCAAAAUGGUUCCAAGAUGACCAUUGAGCCUCCGAAGGGCAUCAAGGCCAACCUACAGAAAACCUACCUGAGGCUUACUGAUGAUUUUAUCACUUCUUCCACCAAGAUAACAAACUUGAGGUCGUUGCUCCUGUCUCUGUGUCUGUUCCAUGGCAUUGCUUUGGAGCGAAGGAAGUUUGGACCUUUGGGCUUCAACAUUCCCUACGAGUUCACAGACGGAGAUCUGAACAUCUGCAUCAGCCAGCUCAAAAUGUUCCUGGAUGAGUACCAGGACGUCCCAUACAAGGUGCUAAAAUACACGGCAGGCGAGAUAAAUUAUGGUGGCCGAGUGACAGAUGAUUGGGACAGACGAUGUCUUCUCAGUGUGCUGGAGGAUUUCUACUGUCCUGCUGUUCUUUUGGACGAUUACCUCUACUCCUCGUCUGGAGUCUACCGGCAGAUAGACACAAAUCUGGAUAUCAAGGGUUACUUGGCAUACAUUCGUGGUUUGCCCAUCAACGACACACCUGAGAUCUUUGGUCUCCAUGACAACGCAAACAUCAGUUUUGCCCAGAAUGAGACCUUCGCCCUGCUGGGAGCCGUGGUUCGCCUGCAGCCGCGAGCUGUGUCUGCCGGGGGGAAAACUCCAGACGAGAUAGUGGAGGACAUAGUGGGUGGCAUCGCUGAAAAGAUCCCUCAGCCUUUCAAUGUCCAGGAAGUGAUGGAGAAGUACCCAGUCCUCUAUGAAGAGUCCAUGAACACAGUGCUCAUGCAGGAGGUCAUCAGAUACAACAGUUUGCUGUCGGUCAUCUCUCAGAGUCUCGGUGAUAUUGUGAAGGCCCUGAAGGGUUUGGUGGUGAUGUCAUCGGAGCUGGAGCUAAUGGCCAGCAGCCUGUUCAACAACACGGUGCCUGACAUGUGGAAAGCCAAGGCCUACCCCUCUCUGAAGCCUCUGGCCUCCUGGGUGUCAGACCUGCUUCAGAGGAUCAGCUUCGUGCAGAGUUGGAUCUAUGACGGCAUUCCACCCGUCUUCUGGAUUAGUGGCUUCUUUUUCCCACAGGGUUUCCUCACUGGGACCCUGCAGAAUUACGCCCGUCACAACAGGGCCUCCAUCGACACGAUUGGUUUAGACUUUAAGGUAAUGGUGAAGUCAGAGUCGCAGUUGAGAGAGAAACCAAACGCGGGCUGCUACAUCCGCGGUCUAUUCUUGGAGGGCGCUCGCUGGGACGGCACGGCAGGUCAGCUUACAGACUCCAGGCCCAAGGAGCUCCACACAAAAAUGGCCGUCAUCUGGCUGAUCCCAAAACCCAACCGCAAAUUUCCGACCUCUGGGGUCUACGUCUGUCCCAUCUACAAGACGUUGACACGUGCCGGGACACUCUCCACCACGGGCCAUUCCACCAACUACGUGAUCUCAGUGGAGCUGCCCUCGGAUCGCUCCCAGGGACACUGGAUCAAACGGGGAGUGGCCCUCUUAUGUGCACUGGACUACUGAACACAAACAUACACACACUGUGUCAUUUGCUGUCUAAGCACUCUCUUCAUAUCACUCAAAGUCUUCUUUUGUUCGUGUUAGGCGCUGUUUUUGCACAAUGCAAUAUUUUAAUGUGAGAGUUUCGUUUAUGAUUAAUUACUUUGAUGAAAAUAACCUGUUAAGACGUAUUCAGUUACUGGAUACUGUAAGUCUUUAGGACUCACUCUCUCCCUCUCCACACUAACCACUGAACCACCACACACACACACACACACACGCGCGCGCGGCCUGCUCCUUUAAGGGCCAUUUGAGAGAUAUGAGUCAACUGAAGGAGGGUGGCGCUUACACGAAUUUGACAGUGACUGGCCAUGUGAACACAACCACAAGGACUCUGGACCAACGGGACAUUAACAGACGCGUCUCUCUCUCUGACUGGAAUCUAGUUUUUGUGUGAUCCCGAUGUGCGGAAUUAUUAAGGUUUUUAUCUGGGAAGACUGGUAAAGUUGACAGCGCAAUAAACACUUUAUAUAUAUAUAUGAAUACA